AAUCUGUAAUUUUGUACAUGGCGGACCGAAGCUUGCGCGAGUGUAUUGUUUUCUUUAUAAAUUUACUUUGUAGUAAAAAACUGUAUUUUGUAUUAUUUUUUAUAAUAAAAUACUUAAAUUAGACUUUCGUCAUUGAAAAACCGAACUUAGUUUUAUAAAAUAAUUGCCCCAAGGGUGUGAAACGGUUAAAAUGGCGGCAGUACAAGGAGCCGGUAACAAGCAAUGGCCAGCGAGGCCAGGUGUACAGCAUCAAAAUAGUCAAAGCAAUGCGAGUUUAACAUUAAACAGAACUAUAAAUCUAUACCCCUUAACAAAUUACACAUUCGGAACCAAGGAACCAUUAUUUGAGAAAGAUGCAUCUGUACCAGCUAGGUUUCAAAGGAUGCGCGAGGAGUUUGGUAAAAUUGGUAUGCGAAGAUCAGUAGAAGGUGUACUAUUGGUUCAUGAACAUGGUCUACCUCAUGUGCUGCUUCUCCAGCUGGGCACGGCUUUCUUCAAGUUACCAGGCGGAGAACUGAAUCCGGGGGAGGAUGAAAUUGAAGGAUUGAAAAGACUACUCACUGAGACCCUAGGUAGACAAGAUGGUGUCAAACAGGAGUGGUCCAUAGAAGAUACCAUUGGUAACUGGUGGCGCCCAAACUUCGAACCACCCCAAUAUCCAUACAUUCCACCGCACAUAACGAAACCGAAAGAGCACAAACGUCUGUUCCUAGUUCAACUGCAAGACAGAGCGCUUUUCGCUGUACCGAAGAACUAUAAGUUAGUAGCAGCUCCUCUAUUUGAGUUGUAUGACAAUGCACAGGGCUAUGGACCAAUAAUAUCGUCCCUGUCGCAGAGUUUGUGCAGAUUUAACUUUGUGUAUAUGUGAGAUAGUAGAAUGGAGGGGAUAAGGGAUACUGUGUGGGUCCGUUGGUAAUGUUGAAAUGUGUGUGCGAUUAAAAUUGUGUCUAUUGCAACUGGAUCAACAUUUUAAGAACGAUUUGAUGUUAUGUAAUACAUAAUAUUGAUGUCGAAAUGAACUAUAGUCUAUUCCAAUGGCAGGAGGAGUUAAGGUAAACAAACCUUAGAUUUUCAUAUUACAUGCGAUUUGCCAAUAGCUCAGCUGUAUUGUGCACUACAAACAGUUCUAUCUGUCUAUUUAUAAUCGAUCACUAUUCCACUUAACUACUUAUUUACACUUUAAUUUGAAUUCCGAAGUGGAA